CUUAUUUAAAAGUCGGCGAUAUGAUAUGUCAGUGGUGCUACAAUGAAAUAAUCGUUCGACCUUCGGCUAUGAUGAAAGAGCAUGCGCAAACAAUGAUUAACACUCAAGUUGCAGGUAUUGAAGAUGAUUUAGAUGCAAUGGUCGACACUCAGGAUGAUAUUUCGGAGGCUCAAGAAAGUAGAGCAAAAGAACUCGAAACAGAAGAACUUGAAAACGAAAUGGCUGAAGACAAUGAACUUAUCAUCUCUAAUAGUAUUGGAAAAACAGAACUUGAUGAUUUAUUGCAAAAGCUCCAAGGUCUACAAUAA